AUGAGGCCAAUGUUUGAGCAGGUGAAGAAGAUUCUUGAUAAAAAUGAACCCAAAGUCAUCCCUGUGGAUAUGAUGAUGAACUUGAUGGAAAAGUACAGUAAACAUUUGGAAACUAUUGUAGCUGACAGAACUCAAGAUCUUCUGCAGGAGAAGCAAAAGACAGACCGUAUUGACCGCUCUGGGUCAAGCACCCCUCAACAGAUUGUGGAUUUCCUCAUACUUUACACCACAUUUGAUGACAUCAUACACAACUAUGAUGUUUACAAAGUGGAAACUAUUGGAGAUGCUUAUAUGGUAGUCUCAGGAGUUCCAAAAGAGAAUGGGGUCAACCAAACUGGGGAGCUGGAUUUGAUCAGCAUUUACCAUGCCUUUAAAAUCCCACACAAGCCUACUACACAGCUGGAGAUACAAGCUGGCAUCCACUCGGGCCCAAUAGUGGCUGGUGUGGUAGGCAAAAAAAAUGCCACGAUACUGCUUAUUUGGUGA